AUGCCGCCCAAGCAGAAAGGAGGUGCUAAGGCCAACAAUCCCGAGCCUCAAGCCCCCGAGCCCGUCAUCGAGACCAUCCACGAUCGAUCCCGCGCGCGCUUCUACCAGACCAACCCCGUCGAAAAGCGCUUGGAGGAAGUCGGCUUGCCAGGCCUGACACCCGCCGAGAAGAAGACAUACGUCCACUCGCGACUGCUGCAGCCUGUCGCGCAGCACAAAGUGCCUCUGACGAACAAGACCGAGCGCGAGUUCUGGAAGCAGGUCACGAAGGAGGCUCUGCCCGUACGCCGCCUCGCGAAGAGAUACAGCUGGGGCACAGACCGAACUGGUCGAGAUUUCGGGUCGUACAAGCUCGAAGAAUUCCAGCAGCGUAGUCUCAAGCAAGCUAGGCUGACAGCUCUGGACAUUCUGCACCGCGGCUUUCUCGCAAAGAGAGACCUUGCAAACCGCCAAGGAACAGAGUUGGACGCUGCGGAUAUCGAAGACGAAAAGAAGAGGCGAAUCGAGAUGGCGACUCUCAAGCGCGAAUUGUACGGCGAGAUCACUGGGCCGCUGGCCAACGACCCUGAGUGGGACGACGUGAUUCCCAUCCCUCAGAACGAGCCAGAGGAUGCGCUCGCCAAGAUUGCUUAUCCUGAUGAUUAUGCGGAGGCCGUCUCAUACUUGCGCGCCGUCAUGGCCGUCGAGGAAUGCUCCCCUCGGUGCCUCCGGCUGACCGAGCGCGUCAUAUCCAUGAACCCGGCGCACUAUACAGUCUGGCUCUACCGCUUCAAAAUUGUGUCCACCCUCAAGCUGUCGGUGCCGGAGGAGAUUCAGUGGCUGAACGAGGUGGCCCUGAACAAUCUCAAGAACUACCAGAUCUGGCACCAUCGGCAGUUGCUCAUGGAUUAUUACUACCCGACGAUCGCCUCGGACGGGGAUGCCGUCAAGAAGCUGGGCAGGUCAGAGACCGACUUCAUCGCCACGAUUCUCGCCGAGGACACCAAGAACUACCACGUGUGGUCAUAUCGGCAAUACUUGGUCGAGAAGCUGGGUCUUUGGACGCCGAGCGAGCUGGGCGCAACGCAGAGCAUGAUCGAGGACGACGUCCGCAACAAUUCUGCAUGGGCACACCGCUUCUUCUUGGUGUUUUCGGACCCCAAGGUUUCUACUCCGGACCUACCGCCAACAGCUCACGAUCCGAAAGUACCCGAUUCCACCGUCGACAGAGAAGUCGCCUACGCGAAAGAAAAGAUUCUCCUCGCUCCGCAGAACCAAUCAGGCUGGAACUACCUGCGCGGCGUCCUGGCCAAGAGUGGCCGCCCCGUAGUCGAUGCGGGCGACUUCGCGGAGCAGUUCGUCACCGGACUCGGCCAGGGAGAUGAGCAGGUUCAGAGCUCCCAUGCCUUGGACCUCUUGGCGGACGUGUACAAGGAGAAGGGGGACAAGGACAAGGCGAAGCUGUGCCUGCAGAGGCUCUGGGAGAAGUGGGAUCCCGUGCGGGAGGGCUACUGGAAGUACCGGGCGUCUGAGCUGGACAAGCCGGCAGCGUAG